AUGUCUUUCAAGCUCUCCGUACCUGCCGUCCUCACCCUCCUCGCCUCGCUCUCCGUCGUCUCCGCUCAGCAAUGUAACUCCACAUCUCUCUGCUCUGCGUCCGCGCCAUGCUGCAGUGAAUUCGGCUUCUGUGGUUCUGGAAGCUUCUGCUUGGGUGGCUGCAACCCGCUCGCAUCCAACAGCCUCACAUCCUGCAUGCCGGAGCCCGUCUGCCAAAACGCCAACCACACGUUCACCGACUUCUCGCGCAUCCUCUCUAACGCGACCUACUUCGACGGCAAUGCGACCAAGUACGACUGGGUCGUCAACCAGGGCACGAUCCUCAACUCCACCGCGGGCGAGCUCGCCAUGACGCUCACCCAGGACAACGGCGGCACCCGCCUCUCGUCCACGCGCUACGUCCACUACGGGACCAUCACUGCUCGGCUCAAGACUGGCCGCUGGGCCGGGGUCGUCACCGCGUUCAUUACGAUGUCCGACAUCAAGGACGAGAUCGACUGGGAGUUCCCGGGCAAGCAGACCACCCAGGGCCAGUCCAACUACUUCUGGCAGGGCGUCGUACCCCAGCAGACCGCGGGCGCGACGCACGGGAACCUGACGGACACGUUCAGCAACUAUCAUGACUAUACGAUCGACUGGCAGCAGGACACUCUCACGUGGCUCAUCGACGGCCAGCAAGUCCGCCAGCUCAAGCGCAGCGACGUCACCGGCUCCGACGGCGUCAGCAGGUACCCCUCCACCCCGUCUCGCAUUGAGCUCAGCAUCUGGCCCGCGGGCAUCAACACCUCCGCGCAGGGCACAAUCGAGUGGGCGGGGGGCCUCAUCGACUGGUCCGACCCGGACUACCAGUCUGCGGGCCACUUCUACGCCUUUGUCGAGUCCGUCUCCGUCGUCUGCGCCGACGCCAAGUCCAACCCCGCCAAUGCGCAGUCGUACGUGUACGGCAAGAACGCGUCCGCGUUCUCGCCCGCCGUAGCGGUCACGAACGAGACCACUGUCAACGGCGCCGCGGGCCUGCGCGCGCUUGCAGCGAGCGGGGGUGCGUGGACUGCCAUCACUGCCGGGGCUGCGCUCGCGCUUGCGGCGGUCCUGCUGUGA